CCCUUAAAGGUCCUGGCACCAAGGUACAGAUUUCUAAUCAGCUCUGAUACUGCGGAGCCACUGAUCAGCCCUUAGAGAUAAGGCUUUCUUCUGCAGUGAGAAAAGAAUCUGAAAAAUUACCUGCCGCCAUGGGGGACAGAAGCCCCUUCGAAACGGACAUGCUCACCCUGACUCGCUAUGUUAUGGAAAAGGGACGUCAGGCCAAAGGCACCGGGGAGCUCACGCAGCUGCUCAACUCCAUGCUGACGGCCAUCAAAGCUAUCUCCUCAGCUGUGCGUAAGGCGGGCCUGGCCAACCUGUACGGAAUCGCGGGAAGCGUGAACGUGACGGGGGAUGAGGUGAAGAAGCUGGACGUGUUAUCCAAUGCCCUGGUGGUCAACAUGCUCCAGUCUUCCUACAGCACCUGCGUCCUGGUGUCGGAAGAGAAUAAAGAAGCCAUUAUCACCUCCAAGGAGAAGAGGGGGAAAUACGUAGUCUGCUUUGACCCGCUGGAUGGAUCUUCCAACAUCGACUGCCUGGCUUCCAUUGGAACCAUAUUUGCCAUCUACAGAAAGACCUCAGAGGAUGAGCCUUCUGAAAAGGACGCCCUGCAGCCAGGUCGCAACAUUGUGGCUGCUGGCUAUGCACUCUAUGGAAGUGCAACCCUGGUGGCUCUUUCCACAGGGCAAGGAGUGGACCUCUUCAUGCUUGACCCAGCUCUUGGUGAAUUUGUCUUGGUGGAAAAAGAUGUCAAGAUUAAAAAGAAAGGAAAGAUUUACAGCCUCAACGAGGGCUAUGCCAAGUAUUUUGAUGCUGCCACCACAGAAUAUGUGCAGAAAAAGAAGUUUCCUGAGGACGGCAGUGCUCCCUAUGGGGCCAGGUACGUGGGCUCCAUGGUGGCUGAUGUGCACCGCACCCUUGUCUAUGGAGGAAUCUUCCUGUACCCAGCGAACCAGAAAAGUCCGAAGGGCAAGCUCCGGCUCCUGUAUGAGUGCAAUCCUGUGGCCUACAUCAUCGAGCAGGCGGGAGGCCUGGCGACCACAGGCACCCAACCCGUGCUGGAUGUGAAGCCUGAAGCCAUUCACCAACGAGUCCCCCUCAUUCUAGGGUCCCCGGAAGAUGUACAGGAAUAUCUCACCUGUGUGCAGAAAAAUCAGGCAGGCAGGUAGUGAGUCUGACCCACAAGCCCUCUUCUCUUUGUAUGUGCUUUGUUAGGGACCCUAGAUGAAUAAGUGAGUGAAUGCUGGUGAUGAGAGACAAAAGGUAAACCCACUGAAUCAUGUGCAGAAGAGCAGCAGCCCACUGCUCACGACAGGUCUAGAAACCAGAGGCAAGUUUGUGCUCAGUGUAAAGGGCUGAAAAUAAAACCCGCACAUGAAAAGAA